AUGCGCGCCGCGACGUCGCUGUUGAGGCGGGUUGGCGGGCGCGGCGCAGCAGCUGCCGGUGGCGGCACGCUGCUCGGCAGGAGAUGGCUCUGCCUGCCGCCGCACUCGCUGCUGCCGAUGCCUGCCCUCUCGCCCACGAUGACGCAAGGGAACCUUGUGACGUGGAAGAAGAAGGAGGGUGACAGCAUCGAGGCGGGCGACGUGAUUGCAGAGGUGGAGACCGACAAGGCGACGGUCGACUACGAGGCCGUGGACGACGGGAUCCUCGCCAAGAUCCUCGUCCCCGAGGGCACAGAGGAUGUCCUGGUCGGCACCAGCGUGGCCGUCGUCGUGGACGAGGCGGGUGAUGUCGGUGCCUUCGCGGACUACGUGCCGUCUUCGAGCACGGGCAACAAAGCGGAGCUGGCCCCCGCGAAGCCCGCGCCCGCGCCCGCGCCCGCCGCCGCCGCGCCGCCGCCGCCACCGGCGGGCGUGGUGGCCGCCGCAGCGCCGAGAGCCGCUGGCGCGCCUGUGCCAGCCAGUCCGCUGGCGAAGCGGAUGGCGGCGCAGAUGGGGAUCCCGCUUGCCGCCCUCAAGGGCACCGGCCCGGGCGGCCGCGUCAUCGCCGCGGACGUCAAGGAACCGUCCGCAGAGGAGGCGACGACGGCAAAGGGAGCCGCGCCCGGCGCGGCUGUGGUGCCAGCCGGUGCGGAAUACAUCGACCUGCCGAACUCGAACAUCCGCAAGGUGACCGCGAAGAACAUGGUCAAGAACAAGAACGAGAACCCCCACUACUACGAUCACGCGAGGGCAUCCGAGACGCAGCCGAGCCCCCCCCCCCCCCCCCCCCCCUCUCUCCCGGACCUUUGCCACACCCUGGCCUCCGCCGCCUCUCAGGCGCUCGAGGCGAAGAUCUCCGUCAACGACUACGUCAUCAAGGCGGCGGCGCUCGCGCUCAAGGAGGUGCCCGCGUGCAACUCGUCGUACACGGACGAGUACAUCCGCGAGCGCUGCCAGUACUCCGCCGCCGACAUCUCGGUCGCCGUCAACACCGACCGGGGGCUGCUCACGCCAAUCGUGUUUGGCGCCGCCUCCUCAAGGUGGACUCUCGCGGGGUUGGCCAAGGAGAACAAGCUCAAGCCCGAGCAAUUCCUCGGCGGUACUUUCACCAUCUCCAACCUCGGAUCGAUGGGCGUCAAGCAGUUCACCGCGAUCAUCAACGCGCCGCAGGCGUGCAUCCUUGCGGUGGGCGGCGCGGACGUCAAGGUUGUCCCUGACGGCAAGGGCGGCUUCACGACAAAGUCGGUCAUGGUCGUCUCCCUCUCGUCGGACCACCGGGUGGUGGACGGCAUGAUUGCCGCCCAGUACCUCAAGUCGUUCAAGAAAUACAUGGAGAACCCGCUCCUGUUGCUCCUGUCUGCUCCCUAG